AUGGGUAAUUAAGAAGGAAUUUGUUGUCUAUAAAGAGAUAAAGAAUAUCAAGUACUAAACAAUGAAUUAGUUAUAUUUCGAGAAUAUUAGAAUAUCAAAAUAACUGUAAAAUUAGGAGAUAUAUAAAAUGAAUCUGCAGAGAGCGUAAUCUGUUUAUAUACCAAUCCUGAGAAAAUACCUUUGCAACCCUCCUAUACACAAUAAGUUUAUGACAAUUUAUGUAAAAUUGGUUACGAAAAUGUGUACUCUUAGAAUCUAGAUAUGAGCAACUACAAAUGCAUUACUUAUUAUCGAGUGCGAGCAUUUGAGUCAGAAAAAGAUUUGUUUUAAUAUUAUAAUGGAUUUAAAGAGUGUUUGACAUAAUUAAAUGAUGAUCAGUACAAAGAAAUCUUAAUUUGUGAUUGCCCUAUUAAGCAAAGCAGAUCAAUCAGUUCUGAAAUACUGGUCAGAUCAGUUAUUGAUUUCAUUGAGGAAUCCAAUAAUCGACUACACAUCAAGAGCAUAACCCUUAUGAAUUGUGACAAAAAGUGUAGUCUCGUUUCCUCAAAUAUGAACUAAUCAAACAAAUUGAAGAGUCGAAACAGACAAAAUAAAUUUAUGAAGUUCAUAACAUCAACUAAGAGUGAAAUUUCAGAAAUGGGAAGAUAAAACAAAUGCGAUUUUAGUUUGAAAGAUUUUGAUUUAGGAGAUGAAUCUAAAUUAAUGAAUAUGAAGGAGGAAGAAUGA